UAUGCAAUGUAGGAGUACGCAGCAGCAGCCAGAGGAACCCAAGUAACCAGACUGAAAGAAUUCUCGGUCUUUAAGCAGAAUUGUGUGUGGAAUUCUUGCUUUGAAUUAUUACAUUGGAGUCAUUUGGGGGAGUGAUUGUCACUUAAGCGUUUCCUAGUUGUCCAAGUCUCCUUGAUGGCAUUUGGUCCCUGUAUAGGAGCUCCUCGUGGUGACGUAGAAAGCUGUGGCGGAGGUAGGGCUGUCUCGUUUUUCAGCAUAUUUUUAUCGCUUCUCGGCCUUUUGGCUAAGAUCAAGUGUAGUAUCUGUUCUUAUCAGUUUAAUAUCUGAUACGUCCUCUAUCUGAGGACUAUAUAUUAAAUGGAUUUUUGGAACAGGGAGAUGGAAUAGGAGCUUGCUCCAUCCACUCCACGCAUCGACCUGGUAUUGCAGUACCUCCAGGAACGGUGCACCUCCCCUCGGGGAGACUAUUGUGGUGAAAAAAAUAGAAUCUAUUGAAUGUGUGACACCAAUACUGACUUGGACUCAGAAUAUAUUCUAGAAGUGGCAUACUAGAGAUCACUUCUUUACUGAUGCUUGUAUGUACUUUGUGAACCUUGUAACUGAAAGCUGUAAUCUCUCAGAACUCAAGCCUAAACCCAGAUGUCUAGUACCUUCCUUAACUUGUGUAAACUUGAUUUCAAUGUCCCUCUGCCAUGUACAGCGGCCAAACCGGACAGUCUCUACGCAAAGGAAUAAAUGGACACAAAUCAGACAUCAAGAAUUGUAACAUUCAAAAACCAGUAGGAGAGCACUUCAAUCUCCCUGGACACUCAAACAGACUUCAAAAUAGCCAUUCUUCAACCAACAAACCCUUCACAAACAGACUUCAAUGAGAAACUUCAGAACUGGAAUUAAUUUGCAAACUUGAUACCAUCACCUUAGGCCUGAAUGAAGACGGGGAGUGGCUGAGUCACUCCAAAAAGUAAUUUUCCCUCUGUUGAGACGUUAGCACUGAUUCCCAACUUGGUUUUCCAUGUACUGCCCACGGAUGGUAUCCUCCAGGGUCCUCUCCAGCAUAGUUCUCGCUCUCAGAGUGAUGAUGCUGUCAUCUCUUCCAAAUACGGCUCCCCUGGGUACCUGGCGACAUCUUGGCUGGAAGGGGCUAUGGCGAUUCGCUUCCUGAUGAUGUCACGCACAGCACUCGCCACAAAGUUCCUCACUGUAGCAUCCAGGCACAUCGAAAGAUGGAAGGCGCAAGUGGAUCGCCGCAGCGUCAGCCAGAUCACCCCCUUCGAGGGAUGUUGCUGCCUCCCUGCUGUUAGAUGGAAUGUACUGUUUCAAUUAACUAUUAAUAAGAUGUUUUUAAAAUACUGAAAUGAAUCACUGACUUUGAACUGAAAUUCAAAAUGGAAUACAUGAACUCUAACUUUGAACUCCAUCUUUGAGAGGGGACUUAUUUACUACACAGACUCUAGCUUAAACCAGUCAGAACCGGUUUUUCCCGCCAAGUCCAACCCUCAGUGUUCCAUCACCUCAGAAGCGUUCCAUCACCUCAGAACUCUCCCCGCCAAAAAGGCUUUAUAAGGUCUUGUUCAGCGCCUGCGCGGGGCUGUCCAUUCCAGCGACAGUUCGUACACGGUCGGGUCUUCGCAGAGCUCCAGAGCUGAGAUCGAAGAACAACAUCUAUCCCGUAGUGUGUUUGAGGAAGAGGAGUCCUGUCAUCGUCAUUCCUAUAUCCUGCAUCUCCUGGUGUCCAUCAUCCCAGAGGGUCUCCUCGCCCGCGACGAGAACCAUCAGUCGUCUGGACUCCCCAGUGUUCCUCCUCAAGGACUCUAAAUCAGUCCAAGAGUUGUAGGUCCUGGGCAUCACGCCUGUACGUGACAUCUGCUGCAUCAGAGCAAUAGGAGAAAGGUUUCAGUGUUGGGGUAUUGUUUAUUGUUUUGUAGAAUCCAACGGGAGGGUGUAUGGGUCUUAGCUCCAAGCUCUCAGAGUCAGUCACUGAUCCACUAUUUUACGGAUUUAUGGUUUUGCUGUUUCACUGUGUUAUUCUUGUAUUUCUCUCCCCCCCCCCCCCAUUCUCCCUAGUUUUUCUGUACCUUUUAUCCCUAAUACACUUACCUUUAUUUGCACCAUAUUAUCUUGUCUUUUCUUUAUUUUAUUAUAUUUUAUGGGUAGCUAAAUCCACCGGUGACAGACACGGAAGGGAGCCAAGUCUGCAGCUUCUGAGAAAAGGGGCUUUCCCUGUUAUAUCUUCCCUCUACCAUCUCUCUAGUAUUUCCUUUGAAGCGUUACCUUCUUACCCUUGAGGUAACAUUUCUGGCGACCGCGGCAGGACUCUCUUGGGGAUUAGUUACCCCAUCAGAGUCCUGUUAUGCUUUAGCUUGUUUAUUUGUGACAGUGACUGUGACGGUCCAAUUGACUCGGGGAGGGAAUUCGUGUUUAAUUGGAACUGUGCCUAUUUCCCCACCCCCCCACGGAAGCACGAUCCGAGGGAAAGUGUAGUGUCCGGGUGAGAGCCCCCCUUCCAUUACUCCCUGGGUGAGGGACGGAAUUUAUUCCGCCCUGGGAAAUCCUGUUAUCGGCGAUAAGGGUUGCAGGGACGCCUGGACCCCUGCCCAGAAGCAGGUAGCGUGGCUAGUAGGCCCCAUACUAGCACCGCUAGUGUCCGGUUGCUAAUAAUCGAACACUGAGUGGUACCGGGCCCCAAAAGGGUUGCCACUCUUUCUUUUGGCAAGGCAACAGUUAGCAGGGGAGCGGCUGUGGCCUUCUCUGAAAAAUUUAGGUUGCCUUUGCCUAGGCCUUAGAGCCGCAGCUGGAAGCGGUCUCUUUUCUAAGGUCUCUCUAUUUUCAAACGGUGUAAUCUUUUUCCUUGGAUUGGGUAAGCAAUCUAUAACCCAGCAGCAGAAGAUGGAUCAAGUUUUCAGCCUCCAAGGAUGGACGUCCCAGACAAAUAAAAACUCAGUGGACUUUAGUGUGGAUUUAUUUGGAAAGGGCAAAAAUCCUUGGAAGGAGGAGUCACUGGCAGGGGUUGAUUCCUUGGACAAGUUUUCCACCUUAUGGGCUCGGUAUUCCAUCUGUAAACCUACCCCUAACAAGAAAGCACAAAAAUGUGCUCUCAUAUACGGCUUGGCUAUGGUCAGCCGAGAACUGAAUUCACAAGUGUCGCUACUUAAACAACAGACAGAGCAAGCACUUGCUGAAAAGCAGCAGCUAAAACAACAAGGUGAAAGGCAGGCUGCCGAAGAGCAACUGGCAACUGCCAAGAUAAACAGCCUGACCUUACAGGUUUCCCAGCUCGAACAACAGCUGAGGAAUCUUAAUACGAGGGUUACAGAUGCAGAAACUGCUGCUGAAAUAAAAGGCAGAGAACUUCAGGAAUCGCAGGCAGUAGUGCGCCAGCUCCUAAAGGAAGCCCAUAAUGUUAAUUUAGGGUCUGUCAAUCAUGUGGCCUGCAAUCGCCGCAUUGACAAGCUGCAGAAGCAGCUACAAUUGGCCAAGGGUGUUAUGAGUGCCAUCGAAAUGAAUCCUUUGGCAGCUUUUAAGUCUGAAUUUCAAGAGUCAAGUUCCGACUCGGAAACUGAGGACUCACCACCAGGUCCCUCAGUGGGUAAAAGAUUGGAACCCUCAGCACCUCACAGUAGUGAGGAGGCCAUGUUGGUAGACAGGGGAUGCCCGUUGGCUCCUAUUGUAACCCAAUAUGAUAACAACAGACCCCCAACUGUGAAACAUGAAACUAGGGCUUUGACCCCAGAACAAACUAGAGCUUUGGGAAAGCAAAUGGGAAUUUGUAAUAAGGAAACGGUAUUGAACUGGCUGGCAAAAUUAUCAGCAACACCUAAUGUCAGCCAGGAGGAGAUGGUAGCACUCUUAAGGGAAUGCAUGUCAGCUGAGGAUUUUGCAGUAUUACCAUAUGGCAUCAUGGUGGAUACCAAUACUGAACAACAUACCCUCUAUAAAAGAGGGUUUUUAAAUUGUACUUUCCUUAUGAUAACCUACUGGGUAAAGCAUAUGCUGAAAAGCAAAUGCCAGAUGAAUGACCAGAAAGGUAUAUGGUGCGAAAAAAAUUGUUAUUCUGGUUAGCUGGUUUGGGAGUCAAUCGUGGAGGGGUUAUUGAUUAUGAUGUACCUGAAUUAAGAGAAUUAUAUGUACAAGGUUUAACACCUAAUAUCCGGUUGGGAAUGGGUCCUGUGGUUGCUCGUGUUACAUCUAUGGCUGAAUUAGAAGGCAGGGCUAGAGAGGUUUACGAGUUACAACAGCUAGCCUACCCUGGUGGAGGAGCUAAGAGAAGGGUGGCAGCUUUCAAUAACAAAACAUCUACUGACAAAAGCCAAGGCAAAACUCCAAUGCAGCAACAAUAUAAACCCCCAUAAUUUACUAACAAAAUGUUCAGUGGCUCUGCUGAGGAAAUGAAAAUCAUGAAAAAGGUGCUAUUAAAAAGACUCAGCAAAUAUGAAUCAUGGGACAGUCUAGUGAAGCAGAGGUUAUCAGCAGAGGACAUGUUCCUGAAAUUAGCACAGUAUGAAACAUCACAAGGAUCAGCAAGUAAGAACUCUAAUGCUCCUAUAGCAUCCACCUCACUCCAAUCUAAUUGAGGUGGCCGGGCUUCCCAAGCCCCUGGGUUUGUGGCCCCCCUACUUAAAGACUACUGGGGUAGACCCACUGUAGAAAUUCAAUUAAAGGGAAGUUUCGGUAGCGUUAAACGAAAGGCACUGGUAGACACCGGGGCAUCUACCAGCCUACUUUGCACAAAAGCAAAUUCAAUCAUCAGGAAUAUUCCAGUUAAGGAUAUUAAAUCUCUUCAGUCAUACAAUGGAAAGGAAAGUACUAUACCUUUCACUGACUUUAUUACUUGUACUGUAGGACAUCUGUCAACCCGAGCUUCCUUUGGUUUACAACAAUUAGACGGAAGUGGCAUCUUGGGAAUAGAUCUAUUAAGGAAAUUACAGAUAGUGGUGGACUUACCAAAUAACAUAUUGUGUCAAGUGAAAGAUGAAGAGGCGGGUCUUAUAAUUCCAGCAGCCCAUAGGAUAUAUGCGUUUAAGAUAAACCGAUUCUUCCUGAAUGGGAAGAGGACAUCAAACGGAUUACCCAGAAACAUCUCAUGGUUUUCGCUCCAAGUAAACUCAGUUGUGGAAAAGUAGAGGCUUCUGUGAAGGUAGAAGGACCAGACCCCAAACCACUAAGACAGUAUAAGUAUUCCAUCGAGGCAAAGGAGGGAAUUAAACCAACCAUCGAUGCACUUUUAGCACAAGGAGUGCUAAUCCAGUGCCAAAGCAUAUGCAAUUCGCCUAUCUGGCCUGUUAGGAAGGCAGAUAAUAAAUCAUGGAGACUUACUGUUGAUUAUAGAGGGCUAAAUCAUGUUACCCCAAGACUAGCUCCUGUAGUGGCAAAAUUCCCUGAGGUGAUGGCUUGAAUCACAGAAGGUGCCUGUUGGUUUUCUGUAUUGGAUAUUGCAAAUGCAUUCUUUUCAAUACCUCUCAACCCUUCUUCAUCUUACAAGUUUGCUUUUACUUUUGAUGACCGACAGCUAACCUUCACCAGGGUCCCACAAGGCUAUCAUAACGCCCCAAGUCUGUGCCAUCGGUUGGUGGCCGC